UCUGUUCCUCCUCCUCUCUCUCCUCAUUUUCUCGGCAAAUAUUCGGCCGAUCGGAAAAUGAAAAAUACCGCUGGAUUCCAUUCUCCGCCACCAACAUUCCUACCGGAGUCGAUUUUUCAUAGGAGCAUUGUAGGUACCACUUCUGGGGUAAGUGGAGCGAAUUUUUGGAUUAGGCUUUCCAAGCACCACUUUAAGGGUUCGGGUGAAAGUUGCAGGCAUCGUUUUGGGGUCCCUGCUGGCGUAGUUUCUAGAAACCAGGAUCGGAGCAUGGGGGCGACUCUUCUUCGCGGUAAAUGUCAGGAUGGUGUCUAUCCAAUGCCCAUUACUUCUCUGGCUACCAAGUCUUCUGUUUUACCACUCGUUGGUGAACGAACAACAUCUAACACUUGACAUAUACAACUUGGGUAUCCGUCGAAUAAAAUUGUUGAUUUCAUUAUUUGUCGAUUUUCUCUUCCAAUUAUAGUGUCUCGUACCUCUUUAACAUCUCUUUGAACUGCUUGUCAAUGCAAUAAAAAUCAUAAAUUUCCUUUU